AUGGUUGUGGCCUACGCUGGAUUAGGGCCGGAAGUAAGAGAGGUUGUAUCUUUUAGGGAAAUUUGUAAAGCAAAGAAAAAUGAGACCCCUAAGAGAAAACCAAUCAGCAGGGAUAUAAAACACAAAGUUAAUAAACUAUCAAUACCUAACUUUGAUGGCUCAGGGAAAAUGUCAGCCGAAGCAUGGAUCCAAAAACUUAAUACAUAUUUAAAUCUCAGCCCCAUGACAGAAGACGAUGCAGUCCAAUUUGCCAUUUUACACCUAGAAGGUUUAGCCCAUGAAUGGUGGUAUCAUGGCACCCUCACACAAGGUCAUGAUGGUAUAACAACAUAUGACAAGUUCACUCAGAAGCUCAUUAAGAGAUUUGAGAGGAAACACCCACAAAAAGAUUUCAAAGAAUUAACUCUCUUAAAACAAAAGGGAACAGUGGAAGAAUACAUCACCGAAUUUCAAAAAAUUUCCGUAAGGGUCUCAGGAGUGGAUGAGGACAGGCUCACCUAUCUUUUUGUGGAGGGACUCAAAGACUCCAUUAAAGGAUUGAUGAGAGCAUUGAAACCCCCUACCCUAGAGGAUGCCAUAGAUAAAGCUUUGGGCCUAGAAGACGCUUCAAUUGGGGAGAGACCAUCCAAAACAUUCACUAAAAAUACAUAUACUAAAGAAUGGCCUAGAAAGGGGAACACCUCUGAAGAAAAAGAAGAACUUAAGAGAAAGAACAUAUGUUACCAUUGUCAUGAGAAAUGGAAACGUGGCCACAUUUGCAAAGAGGGAAAUGAAAGAGAUAUGCUUAGAAGAAAAAAUUUGUGUUUUAAGUGCAAAGAAAAGUGGCAACCAGGUCACAUAUGUGGGAGGAAGAGCCAAGCACACAACUUGGAAGCCUUAUCUAGCGAUGAAGAAGAAGAACUCAAUGAACCCCCAAGCAAAAAGAAAAAACUUACCGAAGACGUGCAAGUAUCAUUAGCAGCAAUUUCCGUAGCCUCAAAACACCAUCCCUUUAGAAUCAAAAGUGUGAUCAAAGGGCAAAGAGUAAUUGCACUACUGGAUAGCGGGGCUACCCACAACUUUAUUGAUAAAAGCUUGGUUAAGAGGUUGAAACUGACAACACAGGAGUUUAAAGGGUUCCAAGUAGCCCUUGCCGAUGGAUCCACUUCCUCAUGUAACAAAAAAAUCCUUCAAUUGAGCAUAACAUUAGGGAAAUACCCUACCAAAGAAGAUUUCUAUGUGGUCGAGUUAGGGGAUUCAGAUGUAAUCCUAGGAAUUCCUUGGAUACAUUCCUUGGGAAGAUUCUACCUCGAUCACCCCAAAUUGGAAUUAUGUUUCACUCAUAAUGGGCAGGAGGUACUAAUCAAAGGGUUGCAUGAUGGCACAACCAGAAUGGUAACCUCCAAAAGAAUGGAAAGGAUUUUUAGAUGUAGUCAAGGAGAGUGGGCUGCCCAAUGCAUGGUACUAGACCAAAAUUCAAACCAAGGGGAAGCCAUUCAUAUUGAUAUUAAACCCAUUAUUAGAAAGCAUAAACGGGUGUUUGAAGACAUCCCAAAAGGACUGCCACCCAAAAGAGGUUUUGAACACACUAUUGAACUUGAAGAAGGUGCAAAACCAGUAAUCUCCACCCCUAACCGCCAUCCAAGAGGCUAUAAGGAAGAAAUUGAGAAAGCUAUCAAAGAGCUUCUAGAAAUGGGGCACAUUCAACCUAGCUCCAGCCCUUUAGCCUCCUCCAUUGUAUUGGUAAAAAAGAAGGAUGGAACCAUGCAGAUGUGCAUUGAUUAUAGAGCACUCAAUAAGAAGACUAUAAAAAACCGAUACCCCAUCCCUAGGGUGGAUGAACUUAUAGAUGAAUUACAUGGAGCAGUAUACUUCUCAAAAAUAGAUUUGAGAUCAGGAUAUCAUCAAAUAAGAUUGAGGAAGGAAGAUGUUCCCAAAACAGCCUUCUGA